GACCACAUUAAUCGGCCUUACACCACCUCUCAUGCACUCACGCUCGAUACGGAUCUGUCCCUAGCCGUCAGGAUUUAGCGAUCUGCACGUCGAGAUCAGCCAUUGUCUUCUAGCUAUGGUCAUGACAGGAAAUGAAACCACUGGAGGAGCUACCAGGUCAGAGGAGACUCUGCAGACGUCUCACAUCCUUAAGGUCGCGCGUGAGCUCCGCAACAUCAUCUACCACCUUAACCUUGCCACCGACUACGCGCAGGGUGACGAGAUUGAGCUAUGUGAGGCUCAAGGAUGGUCGAACGCCUUCCUGGUGACAUGCUCGGUAAUCUACCACGAGGUGAAGGCCAUCCAUCAUUCGUCGUAUGACAAGUUGUGGAAGGACUCAACGUUCAAGAUCAGUAGCGCAGAAGGAGAUCAGCGCACCGUGACCUCCAUGCAGCCGUUGAUGCAGCCAUCUGUACACAAUGUUAGACACCUAGCCAUUCACGGCAUUGAGCGCCCAGGCUAGCAGCCUCUUUCAAGCACAUACAGCAGCGGUGUUUGGACUUCGGUGGUACUCGAAGCUGUCUACUCGGCGCAAUGAAUCGGCUUGAACCGGAAGGAAGUCAAGAAUUCUGCCGACCGGUAGCCUGAUGCUGGGUUAUACCGAGCGAUCAGCCGCAGUGUCUCCCGCGGCCAGGAGUACUGGUUCUGCUACUUUGAGUGUCGACACCUGGACUCAAGCCCGGUGGCAUCAAACACUGUCGAUCGGGUCAUC